CCUUUACUUCUUCUACUACUCCACCUACCAAAACAAACCGUUUCACACUUCCAAAAUCGAAACCUCAAAAAAAAAAAACCGAACCAACUCUGUUCCUAUUUCCACACUCUUUAGUCUUUUGAUUGAUAAUGUCGGCGUCGACGGGAAGCAGCAAAAUCCGGCGCAUAGUUCGGGUGAGGCAAAUGCUUCUCCGGUGGCGGAGGAAGGCAGCGGCGGACGUUCCGGCUGGACACGUGGCGGUGUGCGUGGGGCCCAGCAGGAGGAGGUUCAUCGUUCGCGCCACGCAUCUGAACCACCCGAUUUUCAAGAUGCUUCUUGUGAAGGCCGAAGAGGAAUACGGUUUCUGCAACCACGGUCCUCUCGCUAUACCCUGCGACGAGUCACUCUUCGAAGAGCUUCUUCGGGUCGUGUCCCGACCCGUACCCGGAUUCUCCACGCUCGAGGAUUUCCAGAGACGCUGCCACAUGGAUGUUUCCACUGGCUUUGACGUCGUAGGAGAAUCGUGGCCGUUGCUUCGUGACGAGCCAAUUUGCUGAAAAUACAUUAAUCGUUAAUCACUAACUACUUUUUUUGGGUUUGUAUUUUUUACCCUAAUUAUUGAUUUCCGGGGUGUUUUUUUUUUUUAGUUAUUAGGGAAAUGAUGAAAAGAAAGUGAGCCGGGUUUGAUUAUUAUUAUUAUUAUUUCAUUUAUUCGCUAUAAGUCGAGCGGGUGAAUUGGAUUAGAUCCAAUGUUGUCUAUUAAAUGUAUAUGUAAUUUGUAUUUUGUAAAAUAUAUGCAAAUUACUUGGAUCAAUUUUUGAGCAAGGUUA